AUGGCAGAGCCUAGCGUUUAUAUUGACCUACCACCAAAGUCCGACAUCAUGGAGGAAGCUGAGGAGGAUAACAUUGCCAUGGAAGACAUUCCCGAGGAGGUUCCAGAAGAGCCACAGCCAGCACCUCUCAGCUUUUUGGACCACCUUCAGUCAUCGAUAAUCACCUUGUCUGUCGGGGAAGCUCCAACUACCACGAUUGCAGCACAUCAGUCUCUUCUUAACAAAUCCCCUUGGUUCGUUGCCCACUUUGCUGGUGCUUCGAACCCAACGCUUGUUGCAUUGCCCAAUGAGAACCUGGAUGCCGUGGGUUGUUUCAUUCAGUAUCUAUAUACCGGCGACUAUUUCCCAAGAAUCAUCAAGCAGAAGGGAGAGGAAGUGCUGGAAAAAGAUCCUUCCCAGUCGGACCCUGAUGACGGAGAUCACUUGUUGAAGCACGCCCGAGUGUAUACUCUUGCUGAAAAGUUCGGAAUGAGGGAGCUUAAGACAAUGGCGCACAAGAAGAUCCACAGGAUCAACAGCAGUGCCAGAGGUGAAAUCCAGUACGCUCGAUACGUAUACGCCAAUACUCCGAGAGAGGACAAGACAAUUCGGGGUCCUGUUGCUGCAUUCUGGGCCGCCAGAGCCUACAUCCUACGCCACGAAUCCGAGGAAGAGUUCCGGAAGCUCAUCUUGGAAUUCCCACAAUUCGGUUACGAUGUUAUUAGCCUCUUGCUCGAUCAGAAGGAGAAGGAGCCAGCCGCACCUUCUGGGGGCGGUGGUAGGAAGCGACCUCGUUUUAGCUUGGCCUAG